GUGCCCCGCUGCAGUGGGAUCAUGUGACUCAAGUCGCUGAAAAUGAAAGCUGUAUGUAGCUGGAUGAAAUCGGUAGCGCUUAUUUUGAUCUUUAAUUUGUAUUUUAACGCAAGUUAUCAGUUGACUGAGCUGAAGGUAUGUAAGCUGUGUGGCGGGACAAUCCUAAAUAGCUCUGCGGUGGGUCAGAUUUGCUCCAUAUACGCUGGACGAAUAGACGGACGUUGCUGUUUGAGAAAUGACAACACAAACGACCCUGAACACAUCAUCGGGUUGGAUCUGUCCAACUGUUCGCUAACUUGCGUGCAGGAUAUUCAGGGAGCAUCAACGGCGUUCAUUAUAGACCUCUCGCUCAAUCCAAUUGUCAACAUCAAUGAUACAGCAUUUCAAGGGUUUAAUAAGUUAAAGUACAUGAUUUUACCACAAAAUAUAAAUUGUCCAGGAAGCAACACAUCUUGGGAAAAGGUGGAAAUCAAAGAGGGAAACCGUCAUUGUGAAGGUCAAAGGAAUAUGUGCAAUGAAACUGGGCAGCUGUCCAUGAACUGUCCAGAGAACUCCCUCUGUGCCCCCUUCGGCCCGGGCUUCUUUGAAUGCAGCUGUGCUGAAAACUUCCAUGGAUACAAGUGUCUUCGAGAGGGGGACUUCCCAGCUCUGCAAGUGUUUGGACCUCUUGCAGCUUCUACAGUUGUGAUCUCCUUUCUUCUGUGGACCACCCAGAGACGCAAGGCCAAAUCACCCUGAGGGUUUUAAUCUGGAACUGACUAUUCUUAAAGGGAAGAUGCUAACAGGAAAAAUUCUCACAAAGUCUGAGGGGACACCAGGCUUCUUUUAAAUAUUUUUUAAUCAACGUUACACCUUUUGUGGGGCAGUUGUAUUUCAUUUCAGGGAAAUUUACACGUUUGACUUUGAAACUGUUUCACUACAAUUUAAGUAUUUUUGUCAGGAAUGACCACGAUUAACACAUGACCCAUAUGUGUAAAUGUAGUUGACUGACACCAUAUUGUAGUGAAGGUAAAAUGCUGUGGUUUACAAAAUUAUUUAGAUAUGCUGACAGCAUGUGCAGUUAUACAAAUACUGACUUUAUUUCCUGAAGCAUGUUUGGGCAGCAGCUUUUUACAUGUUGACCUUUACACUUUACUGACAGCAAAGACCAUGUUUGUAUUAAUAUAAGUUCUGACAUGAAUCAUCAAAAGCUUUGAGCUUCAAUGUAUGCACCUUUAAAGUUAUUUUAAUAGCUGUUUAGUUUUAAAAUUUCCAUUAGCAAUUGAGUGACAUAAUAGCCGUCUUUUUUUUUUCUAUUUACAUCUUCAGAAUCUUAUUACAUUAGUUCUGUUUUUUCAGAUAAAACACAAACUGUGGAAGAUAGUCACAUUUUGUUUAUAGAUUGCAUGUGGUAAAUGUCUUGAUGUUAAAGGGCAAGUUCUGUUGAUACUCAUCUCCAGUGAGAUUCAGGGUUUUAAUAGGGAUCAUGUUUACAUUAUGCACAUACAGAAUUAAAUAUCUUAACUGAUUUCAGUCGUUAAAAUGUAAAGUUCUGCUGGAAAAUUCCGUGUUAAAGGGCAGUCCUGUGUUUAAUACAUGGCUUCUGCAGACUUAAAUGUCUGAAUGUUAAUGCACUGACGAAUAUAAUAAUUCUUGUAAUGUGUGUGCAGAAAAUUUCUGGUUUCCAACUAUGUGCCAAUAUGAAAACCGUGAAAACAAACUCGAGCUGCUUUAGUAAAAAAUAUAUCUGGUUCACAUCUUAAAUUUGUGUUCAACUGAUCACGUCCUCAUAAAAUUCAUCUGACCUUUCAACUGUAAUUAGGAAACUUUUUCUGUCUAGUUUCAAAUUGCAUGCCAUGGUUGACAACCAGUGUGUUGUGAAGCUCAGUGGGACUGUCAAGGCAAUUAAAUGUUUUUAAUAAACAGUAGAUC